AUGUUAAGACGAAUAACUCCCGUGUUAAGGGGCUUAAGACGAUACUCUAGUCUUGAGUUCGAUGUGCCAGAGAUUCAUCCUUUGCUUUUAAAAAGAGCCGAGGUCAUGAAAACACAAAUUAAAGAUCUCGAGAAGCAGAUCGGUGAUGGAGACUUUGAUCCAGAGCUUAAUAAGAAGUUUUCCAGUUUAUCGUAUAUAAUCGAACAUUAUGAUAAUUAUAUGAAAGAUAAAGAGAAUGUAGAAGGUUUGAAACACAUAGAUGAUCCUGAAUUGAUUGAAGAUGCCAAAGAAGAAUUAGCUAGUUUGUUACCUGAAUUAACAAAGACCAGUCAAAUUUUACAGACUAAAUUACUCCCACCUUUGAAACAUUCUGAUAAUGCAUGUAUCUUGGAAUUAAGACCAGGAGUUGGAGGAUCAGAAGCUUCAUUAUUCACAAAAGAUUUAUGUAACAUGUAUAUAAAUUUCGCUAACCAUAUGCGAUGGAGAUAUAGUAUAAUAUCCGAACAAGAAUCUAAUAGUGGGUUUUUGAAUGAGAUGAUUAUUAGUAUUGACGAACCUGGAUCGUUUAACGUAUUGAGACAUGAAAGUGGGAUCCAUAGAGUGCAAAGAAUUCCCCAUACUGAAACUAAAGGAAGAAUCCAUACCUCAACAUCAGCAGUGGUUGUUUUACCUAAAAUGAGUUCAGGAGAUGAAAAAUCAUUAGCAGACGAUGAAAGACAAUUCAAACCAGGAGAAGUUAGAAUUGAUACCAUGAGAGCCGGAGGUAAAGGGGGACAACAUGUUAAUACUACAGAUUCAGCGGUGAGAUUAGUUCAUAUCCCCACUGGUAUUAUGGUUAUGCAACAAGAUGAGAGAUCUCAACCUAAAAAUAAAGCUAAAGCAUUCUCUAUCUUAAGAGCAAGAUUAGCAGCUUUGGAAAGAGAGAAAGAAAUAGCUGAACAAAAGAAAUUACGUACUGAUCAAGUUACUACCAUAGAUAGAUCGGAUAAAAUCAGAACAUACAAUUAUCCUCAAAAUAGAGUAACUGACCAUCGAUGUAAUUUCUCCCUUCAUGAUGUUGAAGGGUGUAUGCAAGGACAGAGAUUGAACGACAUUAUUGAAAAAGUCGAACAAUCGGAAUUUGAAGAUCGUUUGCAACAAUUAAUCCAAGGGUCUUAA